AUGGGUUACCCAGAGACAUUCGAGGGCUUCAUGGUCCAGUCCCACGAGAAAUGGAGUGACUUUGAGAAGAAAGAUUUCAAACCCAAGCCCCUCGGCGAGCGCGACGUCGAGAUUGCCAUUGAGGCGUGCGGUGUCUGCGGAAGUGACGUUCACACCAUCACCGGCGGCUGGGGUCAGGCCAGUCUCCCCGUCUGCGUCGGCCACGAGGUGAUUGGCAAGGUCAUCAAUCUCGGCUCCAAGGCUACCACCGUCAAGGUCGGUGACCGUGUCGGUGUCGACACCUACAAUGCCACAUACCCCGACGGGUCGAUGGCGUAUGGUGGCUACGCUAGUCACAUCCGUGCCCACGAGUACUUUGUCUUUGCCAUUCCCGAGAAGCUGGAGACAAGCCUGGCUGCGCCUAUGCUCUGUGCCGGUAUCACCUCUUACAGCCCUCUAUCGCGCGCCAAGAUCGGUCCCGGCAAGACAGUCGGUGUCGUCGGAAUCGGUGGUCUGGGACACUUUGGCAUCCUCUUCGCCGCGGCCAUGGGCGCCGAAGUCUGGGCCAUCUCUCACUCCCCCAAGAAGGAGGCCGACGCCAAGUCCCUCGGCGCCAAGGGCUUCAUUUCCACCAACGAGAAGGGUUGGAAUGAGUCUCACAAGUUCAAGUUUGAUUUCAUUUUGAACACCACCGAUGCUACCGACAAGUUCGACAUGGGCGCUUACUUUAGCACCCUCAAGGUCAACGGUACCUUCCACACCGUGGGUAUCUCUGACAAGCCCUUCCCCCCUCUCAACACUCCCGACUUUAUGAGCACUGGAUGCUCCAUCUCCGCCAGUCACAUUGGCAGUCGCGAGGAGGUUCAGGCUAUGCUGGACUUGGCUGCCAAGUCGAACAUCAAGAGCUGGGUUGAGACGAUCGACAUCAGCGAGCAAGGCUGCAAGACUGCCGUCGAGAAGGUGUACAAGGGUGAUGUGCGAUACCGUGUUACUCUUGUCGGCUACGACAAGGUCUUUGGCAAGCGGGCUUAG